GUCAAUACUAUGUUAUCCGAACACUUGAUCCGACCUCCCACAGUUAUAAAUAAGUAAAACCACCACCACGAAGGCCCUAACCUUCCAACUGCCUCGCAUCGAUAUAAGACGACGCUUGUUCUUCUCUCUUCUCUCUGUCCGCCGCCGAAUCUCAAAAUGCCACGUCAUCCGGUAGCAGAAGCAAACGAGAAGAGCCCAUUCGGAGACCUCUCGCCCGCCGACUUCUACGCCAAACGCAACGUCGCUCACUCCUCCGAGUACAUCACCGAUUCUCGCGGCCUCAAGCUGUUCACUCAGUGGUGGCUACCUCUCCCGCCUACCAAAAUCAUCGGCGUCGUAGCCGUUGUCCAUGGCUUUACCGGUGAGUCCAGCUGGUUUAUACAACUCACCUCUGUCUUCGCUAAGUCCGGCUUCGCUACAUGCGCGAUUGAUCAUCAAGGCCACGGAUUCUCUGACGGCCUAAUUGCUCACAUCCCAGACAUCAACCCCGUCGUCGAAGAUUGCAUUCAGUUCUUCGACUCUUUCCGUGGAAAGCACGGCCACAAUUUGCCUACGUUUUUGUACUCUGAAUCUCUCGGCGGCGCAAUCGCUCUCUUCAUCUCUCUCCGUCAGAAAGGCGCGUGGGACGGCCUCAUCCUAAACGGAUCAAUGUGCGGUAUCAGCGAUAAGUUCAAGCCUCCAUGGCCGUUCGAGCAUUUGCUUUUCAUAGUCGCGACGCUGGUUCCCACUUGGCGUGUAGUCCCCACUCGCGGGAAUCUGCCCGGGGCCUCUUUCAAGGAAGAGUGGAAACGGAAGCUCGCAUUGGCGAGUCCGAGAAGGACGUUAGGGAGGCCACGCGCGUCAACAACGCGUGAGCUCUUGAGGGUGUGUAAAGAGCUGCAGGGGAGGUUCGAGGAGGUGGAUGUGCCGCUGCUGAUCGUGCACGGAGGCGAUGAUGUGGUGUGCGACCCGGGUAGUGUUGAGGAGUUGCACCGACGCGCAGCCAGUAAAGACAAGACAUUGAGGGUUUAUCCAGGGAUGUGGCACCAGUUAGUCGGUGAGCCGGAUGAAAGCGUGGAGUUGGUGUUUGGGGGCAUUGUGGAGUGGCUACAAGAGAGAGCUGAACGGGCCACAAAGGGCGGAGAUGGGGAAAGAGCCACCGCAGAGAACGGUUGCGUGUGAUUACACUACUUUGUUCGUAAUGUGAAUUAUAUAAACCAUUAAUAGAUAAUAGAUGGUAAGUCCUCUUGUAAUGAUAUGAUUAUAAAUUUAUAAUAAACUAUUGGGUAGU